AUGGUUACAUGGCCAGAGCUGCUCUCAUCUCCGCCUGUUCUUCAAUGGCUGGGGGUCGGUUUAGGUGUACAGACAGCGUUCCUCCUCAACACCUGCAGAGGCCUGCGUGACCAGGUAAGUCGCCGAUUGCCACAGUGGGAGGCUGCUUGGAAUAGGCAGGUGGCCUCUCGUAAGUUCCGGAGGAUUGAAUUCAUCGCUCGAGUUGCAGCCACGCAAGCCUGGUCACAGCGGGCGGAUGAGAUCCAACAGAUCAAAGACUUGGCCAAUGAUGUUCUGAGGAAGCUGCAGCGCGACACCUGCGGUACUCCCGGAUUGGUCCCGACCGCCAGCACCCAGUCGUAUUUUUCCACGAUCGUGGAGGCAGCUCAGGUGGCCGCGUGCAACCCUGACGAGCAGGUACCGGAAGCCUGGAGGAUCCUCCGAACAGUGGUGGCGUUGCAGAAGUGCAGCAGAUCUGCUCGAGAUGAUCGGAUGCUGGAUGUUAUGGAUGGGUUCUCUGGCUUCUCCUACAAGACUGCAUUCUUCUUCCCAGGACAGGGCGCUCAGACCGUCGGCAUGUGCAAAGAGUUGACAGACGAGGUUCCGAAAGCAAAGGAAAUGUUUGAGAAAGCCAGCGACAUCGUAGGCUAUGACCUUCUGGACCGUUGCGUGAACGGCCCAAAGGAGGAGCUGGACAAAACAGCGGUGUCUCAGCCCGCGAUCUUCGUGGCAUCUAUGGCCGCUGUGGAGAAGCUGCGUGAGCAGGAUGCCGCAGCCAUCGACGACGCCACAGUCGCCAUGGGCCUCUCCCUUGGAGAGUACAGUGCGCUGAGCUUUGCAGGAGCGAAGCACCCCGUGACCUCAUGUACAGGACCCUCCUGCAUAACUCUUCUUGUGUGGGCCAUGUUUCUGUCCUUGUCCUGUGGGCUGUUGCCGCUCACGCUGCUGCAGAUAGUGGUGGAGGCAAACCAGCCCGUGCCACAGCCGGCACCGGUGCCGCAGCCAGCGGAAACCGCGGAUGAGGAGGACUUGAGCCUUUCGCCCACGAGCGAUUUGACCAAGCCAGAUUUGUGGUAUAUCUUCUUGCAAGCGGAUGGGAAUGAGGACGCAAAGCUGUCCAAGGCAGAGCUCUUCAACUUUGCAGCCCACUUCAAGGAGGAGAUCGAGCGGGCCACCUACGCGAAGGUGGAUCCGAGUGCUGACCUCGACAAGGACGGGGCACUAAGCAUGGAAGAGCUGGAGAAGUAUCUGGCCACGUGGGACAUAGAAGACUUCCCACAAGAGCUGGAACGAGUAAGGUCUCUUGAAAGGGAGAAGUUCAAACUUGCCGAUAAGGAUGGCGAUGGGAAGCUGCAGGGUGAGGAGGUGGUGGCCAUGUACGGCCAUGGCGUGGACGAGAAGGUGUUGGAAGCAGAAGCCAAGUCAACCUUCUCCGUGAAGGAUCUUGACAAGGAUGGGAAGCUCUCAGUCCAGGAGUUCUGGCAUGACUACCUCCGGCCAGAAGGCGAUGACCACGAUGAAGACCAUCGUGAUCGCAACAUCACCUUUGCCAACCUGGAUAGCGAUGAUGAUGGCUUCAUAGACCUGCCAGAGCUCAUGGUCUGGGAGAGCGGGCUGUUCUUCCUUUCGGAAGCUGUCGAUGGCAUCCUGCACUUCGCUGACCGUGAUGGGGACGGAGAAGCCGGCUUCCAGGAGCUUGUCGAUGCAUGGCCCGACAUCGAAGAAGCAGGCGUCCAGAUCCCGCUGCGGGGUAUCAUCACCCGCGCACUUGGAGAGCACGAGGGCGCCCACGACUCCGAGCUCUGA